AGAGCGCGGAGCGCGCAGCGCGGGCCGGAGGGAGGGAGGGAGGGUGGGCGAGGGAAGAGGACUUGAACACACGGGACUGGACAGGACCGACCGAGGGGCGGCGGCGAAAGGCAGAGCGCCGCGAUCUCUGUCGGGAAGCGCAACCUCCCCGGGCCCCGCGGGGCCGCGCAGGGGGCGUCCUCAACCCCGCGCCCGCUCCCUCUUUCCAUCCCCUGCCGCCCGCAGGCCACCCCGGGGCCCGGCCAUCCGCGCGCGCAUCCCCGGGUUCGGGCCCGUCCCUGGCCCUCGAGGGAGCCGCCGCCUUCAUCGCCACAUCUGCAGCGGCCGCACCAGAGGCCGCCCGGGCGGGACCCCAGCGUGAGCAUCGGGCGCCCCCCUAGGAGUGCACCACCCCCGGAGCCCCCCUCAACACGGACCGCGCCCGCCGGGCACACAAGAAUGGUCACUCAGAUACUGGGGGCCAUGGAGUCUCAGGUGGGGGGGGGCCCGGCCGGCCCGGCCCUGCCCAACGGGCCACUCCUUGGUACAAAUGGAGCCACUGACGACAGCAAGACCAACCUCAUCGUCAACUACCUGCCCCAGAACAUGACCCAGGAUGAGUUCAAGAGUCUCUUCGGCAGCAUUGGCGACAUCGAGUCCUGCAAGUUGGUUCGGGACAAGAUCACAGGGCAGAGCCUUGGCUACGGGUUUGUGAACUAUUCUGACCCCAAUGAUGCAGACAAAGCCAUCAACACCCUCAACGGCCUCAAAUUACAGACGAAGACCAUCAAGGUGUCCUAUGCCAGACCCAGUUCAGCAUCCAUCCGGGAUGCUAACCUGUAUGUCAGCGGGCUCCCCAAGACCAUGAGCCAGAAAGAGAUGGAGCAGCUCUUCUCCCAGUAUGGCCGCAUCAUCACGUCCCGCAUCCUGGUGGACCAGGUCACAGGUGUCUCUCGGGGUGUGGGAUUCAUCCGCUUUGACAAGAGGAUUGAGGCCGAAGAGGCUAUCAAAGGACUGAACGGGCAGAAGCCGCUGGGCGCAGCUGAGCCCAUCACAGUCAAGUUCGCGAACAACCCAAGUCAGAAGACGGGGCAGGCGCUGCUCACCCACCUCUACCAGUCAUCCGCCCGGCGCUACGCAGGCCCCCUACACCAUCAGACACAGCGUUUCCGGCUGGACAAUUUGCUCAACAUGGCCUACGGCGUCAAGAGUCCCCUGUCGCUCAUCGCCAGGUUCUCGCCGAUCGCCAUCGAUGGUAUGAGCGGCCUGGCGGGCGUGGGCCUGUCGGGGGGCGCGGCGGGCGCCGGCUGGUGCAUCUUCGUGUACAACCUGUCACCGGAGGCAGACGAGAGCGUGCUGUGGCAGCUGUUCGGGCCUUUUGGGGCAGUCACCAACGUCAAGGUCAUCCGUGAUUUCACCACCAACAAGUGCAAGGGUUUCGGCUUCGUGACCAUGACCAACUAUGACGAGGCGGCCAUGGCCAUCGCCAGCCUGAACGGCUAUCGCCUGGGCGAGCGCGUGCUGCAGGUCUCCUUCAAGACCAGCAAACAGCACAAGGCGUGAGCCCAUCCCGCCUGCCCUCCCACCCCCUCCCCGGGCAGCAGAGAGAGAGAGAGAGAAAGAGACAGAGAGAGAGAGAGAGAGAGAGAGAAGGGGCCCAAGAGAGACAGCACAGGCAGCCCCACGGACGACGCGAGGGCCCCACGUCCCUGCGGAAGCCACAGGGUGAGCACUCUGGGGUGGGAGGGUCUGCAGGGAAUUGGGGGGGUGCCCGGGGAUCCCCCGCCCCAUCCUCCUGCCCCCACCCCAGGCUGGGCUGUUCACUCUCUCGUCUUGGUUUGGUUCAUGGUGAAGGUUUUUGUUUCUUUUUUCGGCUAAAAAGAAUGCAGAGAUGUGCCCCCACCCCCACCCUCGACCACCCCCGAUGGGAUGGCUUGGGGGGCUCCAGGGGGUGCUCUCCCAGACCCCCUUGCCCAGGCCUCCCCAGCACCUAGGUGGGGCCUGGGGUAGGAGGAACAGGUUUAAAAAUCCCCAAAAAAGCGAACCGUGAGGAGGGGUGUGGGCACACCCGGCCCAGUGCCCCCUGGUGGAAUGCGGGGAGCAGGCAGUGGGGCAGGAAGCAGAAACAAAAUGAAAAAAAAAGGGGGGGUGGGAGGGGAAGAAAAACUCUAUUUUUGUAAAAAGGGAAAAAGACCUCGUGGAGAAUUUUUACUGGGGAUUCUUGAACUUGAAAAAAAAAACACAAAAAAAGACAAAAAAAAAAAAAAGAAAA